UAGGCCACGUCGGACUGGCCCAGCGCCCACCGCAUAGACGAACUCGAGUCUUCUGGAACAAAGGAAGGAAAACAAAAACCCUCCAAAAUUCUCCGUUAACCUUCACUCUCUUCGGAAACUCGCAUUCAGCUCCUAAUCAGCUUCCAUGGAUUCUCAGCAGGAACAUUCUCCGUCUCUCGAAGACUGCUUGAAGCUCUUGCAAGGCGAGAGAGAUGAGCAACGCCUUGCUGGUCUCCUUCUGGUCACAAAAUUUUGCAAAGGAGACGACCACGCUUCACUCCGUAGGGUCUACGACGCCGUUGGAGUUCGCUUCCUGGAUCGGCUCCUUAGAACCGGGAUGGGACAAGGAACCAUUAGUAGCAGUGGGGCUGAUAAUCGUGAUGAAUACUUGAAGCUAUCUGUUACGGUUCUUGCUGCCUUCUGUCGUGUUCCUGAAAUUGCUUCUUUAGAAGACAUGUCUAUGAAGAUUCCGCUGAUAUUGGAAAUAAUGUCGAAGAAUUCAGGCUCCUCUGUGCUUGAAGAAUGCUAUGAAUUUCUGUACCUAGUAUCAACUGCUUCUGAAGAUGGAGUUGCGAAAUUGUAUGGAUCUGGAGUCAUGAAAGUGCUAGCUUCUCAAAUAUCUAGUUUUCCAGAUGAUUCUCAUAUGAUGGAAGUAGCUACAAAACUUGUGCUGUUAAUUCUAAGUAAGCUGUCUUUGGAUGUCAUUACCAAUGACUAUUUAUUCGAGCUCUCAGUGAUUGCGGCGACAAUGGCAAGACCAUUUGCCAUGUUGCAAAAGGCCCUAAAAUUUGAAGUGCUCCACCUACUCUCCACCAUGCUCUCCUCAAAAAAUUCGGCACCACUUUAUGAUGCUCUUCGUGCACUGCCAAAUGGCAGUUGGUCAGAUUAUAUGCGUGAUGGUAUUGCAGCUAUCUUACAUAGUCGUGUUGCACCUGCUGAAAGGCUUGAUGCCCUUAUGUUGGCUGAGACUAUGGUAUCCAUACAUGGGGAGCAGUGGUUGAUUGGUCGAAUAAACUUGCCUGAUAAAGAAGAUUCCAUUCCAGUUGACAGGUUUCUAUUGCUUGUCCUACAGCAAUCGAGGGUUGAAGUUGCUGUUUUGCUGAAUGAGCUUGCCUAUUUGAAAUAUGAAGCAUCUAAGAAUUGUUCAUCUACUGCUGAGCCAGUUCUUUCAAAGCAAAGAAACGUGUCUAUUGCCUUUUCCUUGAUGGAGAAGAUCAUUAAAUUAAUAUCAGAUGCUGCUGGAAAUGAAGGGGAUCUUAUAGAUGAAAGCACUUUCACAAAUGUGAUCAGGGCACUCAAUGAGACAAUUAGUGUUGUUCUAGAGUAUUUACAAGAUGCAAAGGAACAUGGACAAAGGAAAGGAGAUGAUCUUCUUGCUUCAGUGCGGAUUAUUGGGAGCUAUCUUGCAGAAACACCCUUUGCAUGCAAAGAGAAGGUCAGAGAACUAUUAGAGUAUAUGCUUUCAGUCGAAGGUGAAGAUGAACAAAGCCCUUUCUACUCCAUAUGUUUUUUGCUUCCAAUGUUGUGUCAAAUAACGAUGGAGAUUGAAGGAUGCAAAGCUUUGGCUUCUUCCGGAGGGCAUAAAGCUGUUAUGGAAUGCCUCAUAAAACUGAUUGGGCCAAAUAAUUGUAUAGUUGAGAACGACAGUUGUGUCUUCUUGGCAUGUGAUACAGUUAUGAAUCUCCUAUUAAAGAAAGAGCAAGUACGGUUGUUGUUGGAUGAAUCAACUUUCGUUCAUCUUUUGAAAGCGUUGGCAUAUUGGACAGAGGGUACUGAAGACCCAUCAGUUCUUAUGAUGGCUUCGAGCAUUUGUGCGUUGAUAUUGGAUUUUACAUCAGAGGAGGCUCUUCUUAAUCAUCCACACUUUGAUGAUAGCUCUCUUAAUAGUCUGUCUAGGCUCAUUGCGAGAAGUUUGGCUUCAUGUGGACAGGAGAUGUCUGAUGAUGCAAAAGCAGAAGCAGAUCUUCUUGAGAUUGUUAAUGCAGGAUACUCUCGAUGGGCUCUUAGGUUUCCCCAUAUAAGAGCGGCUGUCGAGAGAUAAACUGGUCCUGCUUCUCGUGUGAAACUUUAUUUUGUUGCCAACUGCUUGAGAUAGAUAGAGGAAAUCAGGAGAGAGAGGGACCAUCCUUGUUUUUCUACCCAGUGGCUCUAGCAUAGCUCCCACUAUUUUGUAGUGCAGUUAUUUCUUCAGUCCCACCUUAAUGUGGUCAUCAUCAUCUGUAGGCUUGUAUCCCCUUGCUUUUGCAAGUUGUAUGUAUAUGGUUUGUUAACUUUCCAAGUUUUAUGUAAGUGGUUUUUUUUUUUUUUUUUGGUGGGUGCAGAGUUUAUUUGACUAGGAAAAAAAGAAAGAAAAAAUUUCCUUGAGGACGCUGAAGAUCAGUGAAUUUUUUUUUAACUAAAACAUGAUUUGACUUCUUCUGGUUUUAAUAGAAGGCAUUCAGUUUCUAAUCAACGUGAUGCGAUCUUACCGAUCUUAUUUCUAAUUUUCUAUUGACCAUAUAGAUCCAAUGGGAGAGGUCAACCUUUGCGUAGAACAAGAAGUUUUAGAUCCAACUUACACGGAUAAAGAGAGCUUAAUAUUCAUUUAGGGCCGUAACUCGCCCAAUGGGCGAAGCCCAAGAAUCGUUGGAUCGUACACGUAAUUAUCUGUAAUUCGAGAGAGAGAGGC